CAGAUGGGCAACAUGCCAAUGACCCCUGCAAUCACUGAUCUGACACGUCAUGGAUCAUCUUCCUCUCCAUCGACUACAAACUCAGACCCACCAUAUUCGCCAGAAGGCCUUCAAAACUUUGGCCUCGGAACCCAACGUUUGAACCAAGGAGUGAUCCCGAACUGUGAGGUCCCGCCACAAAUGAUGAAUCGUCAAUUCAACCAAAACAUGGCGCAGAACACCUCUCCAAACCCUCCACAAAUGGUGCCACCGUCCUAUCAUAACCAAAACCAGAGCCAGCAACCGACACCGAACAGCUAUGUCCAAUCCAUUUCUCCGGAAGCUGGUGAUGGACAAGGGUUUGCACAGAGCAAUCUGUACAACGCGUUGAAUGUGUCUAGCGAUGAUAGUAUCAAUGGAGCCGAUGAGAUGCCUAAUCGCAAGCGUCCACGCGUUGAUCCAUCAAACAUGGAUCCAAGCUACAUUCUCAAUGCCGCACUCUCUGGAAAGAUUCCUGGGGAGCUUCUGGAUGAGGGUGGUCAGCCGAGCAUCAAAUUUUACAAGUUCAAUGAGGAACAGUGGUGUCCAAUGUGCGACGCGAACGGAGACGAACUGGGACGUCUUCAAGUUCAAGUGCUCGCCGAUAAAGGAUUCAACUACUCGACGAAUGACAAUUGCUUUGUGAAUCAGAAGAAGAAUCACUUCCAGGUUACUGUCAAAAUUGAGGCCAUCGAUCCAUCACCACCGCAAUGCUUUCGUAUCAAUGGAACAUGCUUCCCGAUUGAGAACUUCCAGUUGUCAUUUAUGGGUGUCAAAUCUGAGCACCAAACUUCGGAAAUCGCCAUCCGUCAAUCCACCACUGAGCGAAAACCGAUUCUUCACACUCCUGUGCAAUUCAAAAUCGUCGAACGCCGAAUGACAAUUGUCACCGUUCCUCGUCUACACUUCUCGGAGACCACACUGAACAACCAGCGAAAGAAUCUACGGCCGAAUCCAGACCAGAAGUAUUUCAAUUUGAUUGUCCGUCUCUACGCGACUGCUCCAUGUGGAACAAGCGUGCUCAUGAUGGCAUUCUCGUCGGAGCGUGUUAUUGUUCGCGCAACCAAUCCUGGAUCAUUCGAGCCACCAGAGAUGGUGGAUGCCAGUUGGAACAAGAAUGGAGGAGUAUUGAGUACCACUGGCCCAGUUGUUGUUGGAAAAUCCGAACCGCGUGCUCAGCUUACUGUAGAUGGAGACAUCUACUCCAGUGGUAGAGUGAUGUGUCCAUCGGAUAUUCGCUUGAAAGACAACAUCACCGAGAAAGAAGCCAAAGAGGCUUUGGAGAAUCUUCAAAAGUUGAGAAUUGUCGAUUACUUCUACAAACCAGAAGUUGCUGAUAAAUGGGGACUCAGUGAAGAUCAACGAAAGCGUACAGGAGUGAUUGCUCAGGAGUUGGCAGAAGUGAUUCCAGACGCGGUUAAGGAUCUUGGAGACUACUUGACUGUCAACGAGUCUCGUGUGUUCUACGAAACAGUUCUUGCCACUCAAGAGCUUUGCCGUCUCGCCGGAGACUUGGAUCAGAAAAUCGACGACAAGGUAGCAGAGAUCUCAAAACGUCUGAGCGACUAUGCCGCCAAAAAGAAGUUGCUCAAUUCGGUGGCAUCUAAUCUAAACUCGGAGGGAAGAUCCAUUGCAACCUCCCAAACAUCGCUAGACUCAUCGGUGUCUACUACGACCCUUACCAACACCAGAAAGAACCGCCGUACCCGUAAAAACCGGAAUAAAGACAAUAAGGAGCCUCCAAAACCGAAAGUUUCACCACAUACUGUAAUUGGAUUGGUGGGUGUCAUGGCAUUCUGUCUUAUCGCCAUGUCUGCUCUCUACAUUCUCGAUUGGCACAACCGCAACUUUGGAUAUACCCACGUCACCACCACUACCCCAUCAACCAAAGAAGGACCAGGAAAUGUUGUCAUCCCUCUGGACCACUACGUUCCCUUACAACAGCCCGAUGCCCCUCCGGUUGCUCCGUUUUGUCCCCUUGAAAAAUGUCGAGAAUACUGCUGCGCCGAAUAUGACCAAGACCACGCCGAGCUGGAAGUGUCCGAAUACGACGCUGCCAACGCUGAAGAGAAUGAUUAUGCAUUCAAAGCAGAAACUCGAUCCGACUUCCAUCUCACAGGAUUUGGAAACGACGUCUAUAUCACCCUUCCAGAGACAGGAUUGAAGAUUGACGAACGUUACUGUAUUGAGAAGAGCUGCGUGAAGAAGCAGAAGGUGUACAGCUUGUUCAUUCCAGUCACCCGAUACAUGCCAAAGUUCUCGUUGGAAGUUAAUAUUGUUGCUCCAAAAUCCAAAGUCAUCAACAACUGCGGAUACAUUCCGGAGUUUGACAACAGAAAGUGCGACGACCAUCUUCAUCCAGAACGUGCCGCAACCGACAAUCCAAUUUCCGAGAAGCAAUUCGAGGGCACAUAUUUUGUCACCGCUGGACAAUGGAUGCAAUCCGCCUAUCGUUACCGCAUCGGACCAAGUUAUGAACUCUGCAACAUCGAAAGCAACACAUUUGGAGGAUUCUACGAGGAAUACAAUCUCAUUUUCUACCGCGCGUGCAAUAGACCAAAUGCGACUGCU